AAACUUCUCUGCUCGAUUCUUGUGGGAUGGCGACGAACGCUGGUAGCGCAGACGCCUCGACGAUCGAGACGCCAGCGAGGAUCGAGAUGAUAAAGCAGCUCCUUACCUCCAUGGGGGUCGAUGACCACGACCCCAAGGUCACUCAGAUGUUGUUGGAGUUCGCAUACAAGUACAUGACUGAUGUCCUCAAAGAUGCGACCGUGUAUCAAGAGCACGCUCAGAAGACUGAUCUCGACCUGGACGACGUCAGGCUGGCGAUCCAGACGAAGCUCAACGGGCAGUUCAGCCAGCCUCCUCCCCGCGAGUUCAUGAUCGACAUCGCCAAGGCGAAGAAUGCGAUCCCUCUCCCUAUCAUCCGCCCUGGCGUGCACCUGCCACCAGCGGAGUAUUGCAACAUCACUCCCAACUCUCAGGUGGUGGUGAAGACAGAGAAUGGAGUCUGAGAGCGGCCAAGAAUCACUAUCCUGUUGAACUUGUAUGUUGAUAUGAUCUUGCAUUUCAUUCACUAUUUCACAUUAAAGUGCAUAUUGUGU